ACGCAUUUGGUGGAUACUCGCUCUCGCAGACAGUGGUGGUAGCGAACGUCCCUGUGCGCACAUUGAGGAGUAGAGGACGGCGGCUGAACGACAAGCGACUCUUUGGGAGGAGAUAGUGGUUAUUUUUUCUCUCCGCUCAAACAACAACAACAACUAAUAUCACGAUUUAUCCAGAGUGUCGUCAAACUACAGCGAUCGAAACGUGGGGGGGAACAAGGGAUUUUAUCCGCAAGUUUUUUUCUUUUCCAUUUUUUUUCUUUUCAUAAAAGAGGAUUGUGUGUUUGCAUUCGCGACGCAAAGAUGAUGGUCGGGGAGAUCGAAGUGAAGGAGAGACCGAGGCCGAGUCCCGACUAUUUGAUGCAGUUACUGAACGAGAAGAAGCUCAUGACGAGUUUGCCCAACCUGUGCGGUAUCUUUACACACCUCGAACGGCUUCUUGAUGAAGAGAUCAACAGAGUGCGGAAGGACAUGUAUAACGACACAGUCAACGGGAUGACUGAUAAGCACCCGCUGGAGCUGCCAGAUCCACUGGGCCCCAUCGUCCACCUGCAGGAGAAGCUCUUUGUGCCCGUCAAAGAAUACCCCGACUAUAACUUCGUGGGCAGGAUCCUGGGUCCUCGUGGCCUCACAGCCAAGCAGCUGGAAGCGGAGACCGGCUGCAAGAUCAUGGUGCGGGGCAAGAGCUCCAUGAGGGACAAGAAGAAGGAGGAGCAGAACAGAGGCAAGCCUAACUGGGAGCACCUGAAUGAGGAUCUGCACGUGCUCAUCACAGUGGAGGACACGCAGUCUCGCGCCGAAAUCAAGAUGAGGAGAGCCGUGGAGGAGGUCAAGAAGCUCCUGGUGCCCGCGGCGGAAGGGGAGGACAACCUGAAGAAGAUGCAGCUGAUGGAGCUGGCCAUUCUCAACGGAACAUACAGAGACACCAACAUCAAAACACCCCCCCUUGCGUUCUCUCUUGCAGCGGCGGCGGCGGCAGCUCAAGGCCAGCGCCUCAUUGCCUCCCCCCAGGGCCAGGUGAUGCCCCCACAAGCCAUGCGCCCCCCCCCCUCGCCGGCCGGCGCCCAGAUCAUGAACUUAAUCCGGCCCGGCCAGAUGACGGCCAUGCUGCAAAACGGCACGCCCACCCUGGUGCCCCCCUCCCCAGACGGGGGUAUCAUCUACACCACCCCCUACGACUACCCGUACACGCUGGCGCCCACCUCGCUGCUGGAGUACCCCAUGGAGCCCAACGGCAUGCUAGGUAAGCGGCCAUGGGGGCUGGGCAUGGGCAUGGGCAUGGGGGGUCCAGGGUGCUUCCCUGCACAGCAGCAGGACGGCAGCUUUCUGUACGCGGGCGGGGGGGGCCUGCUGGACGCAGCAGGCUUCAAUGCCCAGCAGGAGGCGCUCAAAGGUGCAAUGGCUUCAAAAGUGAGACGACAUGACACGCGAGUCCAUCCUUACCAAAGGAUUGUGACCGCUGACAGAGCCGCCACCGGCAACUAACACAUGACCUCUGACCUCUGAACUCUUCACCCAAUGACGAGCCGCCCUGCCCCAAGCCCCGCCCCAAGCCUGCCUGCUGAUGUGUUAACUGGUAAUUGCCUUUGUUGCUAGCCUCUUGGAUGCUGGGAGGGAAAGGCGCCUGGCCGUAAAGUUAUCCUAACAUGGUUUCUGUUUCUAUUUUGUUUUUUUGUUUGUUUUUAUAUAAAGAAACACAAAAAAAACUACCAACAACACAGAUUAUAACAACAGCAACAAUAUUACACAACCAAACUCUAGGGUUGUGUAAUUUAUUUUGUUUGACUCUUCUGUUUUGUUGUGUUUUUAAUGACCCUUGUUUUUUUUUUUUUUAUGCGGGGUUCUUUCUUUUUCUUUUGGAAAUCGUUCAAAAAUUGGGUGGACGCAUGCACGGUUCCCCAAGAAUCUGCACUGAAUUAAAAAGCAAUAAAGCAACCCGCCCCCAUGUUUCAUAUACUGGACAAACAAUUAGAAACACACACUCUCUCUCUUUAAACCCACACACACACAUAGAAAUAGUCACAGCUCUUAUUCAGAUUGGUGACAUUAUACACACAUUAAUUGGUUAAAGCUGAAGGGGGGAGGGGCUCUCCUAAACAUGAUCUCAUCCUGAAUUUUAAUGUGAAAUCCACAGAACUACCCCACCCCCUUUGCCUCACUCUCUUUUUGAGGAGGUAACAAACUGAAAAAAGAAAAAGAAGGAAAGAACUCACACUCACGCCAAAUCUGUUCAUUUCUGUUCCAGUUGAUUUUUUUUUUCUCACUCUCUUGUCCUGUAUUAUUUUUUUAAUCUAUUUCAAUUUGUUUUAUUUCUUUUUCCCCUCCUGACUUUUAAUGAAAAUGUGCUGACACAUUCUGGGUGUGCCUUUGAACAGCUGUCUUUGUUUAGGUUUUGUUUUGCUCCAAAAGCAUGGCUAAGUUUGUCUACUGCAGAUGGAGCUUCUCUCACGUUUGUUUCUCUUACUCAACCUUUCGUUGUUUUGACUUGAUUCCUGUUUUUUUUUUUUGGGGGGGGGGGGGGGGGGGGGUUCACUUAAUUUGCUCAUGGUGUCACCUUUUUAAAGAUCAUUUUUCUUUUGUUUCGUAUGAUUGUUUUAUUUCCCUCCUUCCUACUGAUUAGUUGUAGCCAGGGAGUGAACUUCCUGUUGAUGAGUGGGCGGGCUUAGCAAAGCGGGUGGAGGGGAGGGGUCAACGGCAGGGUUUUUUGUGUGAAGGGGGAGGGGCCAGGGUCGAGUUUUGCAUACAGCCAUUUUGAGUAAGUUGGGAGACGUUUAAACUGUGCAUGAGACAGUAGAUACUGCAGCUGACAUUGGCCCCGUACUCAGUGCCUGAUUUAUCUAGAAGUUCUUUUUGAAAAAAAAUAAAAAAAAUACAAAAAUAAUCUACGAGCCUAAACAGCAAGAAGGAGGAAAAUAAGUAUUGUGUGCGUAUAUAGCCAAAGGGUUUCCAGUUUCUAAAUAUACACAAAUGCAUAUACACGUAUAGAGAGAGAGGUUGGUGGGAUAGGAGGUCGCGUCAGUCAGUCAGUCCCAAACUAAAGGCAGAUGAAGUGCUGGUUUGCCAUGAAGAUGAGUAGAGGUUAUUGAACACUAAGCAGGACUGUUAGUCUGCAUGAGAUGGGCUGGGGUGGGGGGUGGGGGGGGGGGGGUUUGGGAGGGACUGCCCGACAAGUGAAGUUUUGUACAUAACAUAACUUUUUAGUUUUUAUUCUGCUUCUCUAACUUUACCCCCUUUAUGUUUUGUUUUUGACUCUUUAAUGCCUUGCCAAACGAACAAAAAUUUUCAUCAAAAAUGUUCUCUUGAGUUUCAUCUCAUCCUCAGAAUAUGCUUGAGUUUGUCAGAGGGAGCUUCCAGAGCCUCCUUGAGACAUUUCCAAGUACCACCCCCCCCCCCCCCCCCCCUUUCUCUCUCUCUUACUCACUCACUGUGGAGGACUAUUUCUUUUCCCCUUCCCAGCAUGCACCACUCCAUGUGUCCUGAACCAGCUCAUCCAUAAUGUGUCUGGUACACCUCACCACGCCAGUGCUUAAGCUACUGAGCCCACCCCUGUUACUUUGAACUCUCAAGAAAAAAAUAGGAUGCGAAAGCCAUGCCUGCCUGUUCCAAUUGCUUUAUAGAUAUCUGUGAUAUAAAUAUAAAUAUAUACAAAUGUAGAUAUGUCAAAAUACAAAGGAGAAGACAAAUUAGAUACUUUUACAGGGUGCUGGAGAAGAAAAUAUAUUUUUGGCAAUCUCAGCUUUUUAUACUUAACUUGCAGUUACAAAAAAAAUAUAUUAAAAAAAGGAAAAAAAUAUAGGGUGUUCAGAAUGAUGGGGUGAAGAUGCUUUGAAUCUCUGGAUAGUAUUGGCUAGGAAAAUAACGACCAAAAUAGUCAUACCUGGGAAUGUCACGAAAAUCAGACAUGGGGCUGGGGUGGGGGGUGGAGGAGAUAAAGAAAUAACUCGAGAGACAAAGUGCCUUACUAAGGGUGGUUUUCCUUUUUUCCCCAAGUGUUACCGUUCUGUUGAGUAAUUUCCAGCACCGACUAGGAAAGGCUCAGAGAGAAGAGAGAGAGAGAGAGAGUGUGUGUGUGUGUGUGUGUGUGUGUGUGUGUGUGUGUGUGUGUGUGUGUGUGUGUGUGUGUGUGUGUGUGUGUGUGUGUGUGUGCGUGUGCGUGCUCGCGUCAGCCCUGACCGUCUACGAGUUUAUUCUAUGCAAACAGACGAGCUGUCGUUUGACCAGCUGACUAUGUGCCAUGGUUUGUCUUCCCAAGUUUGAGCUCUUCUCUCUCUUCUUCCUUACUGUUUGUUUCUAAUCCCUCUUUCAGCCAUUCGAACAAUAUAUAGGGAGAUGUUUUUUGUGCCAUUUUGGUUAUUGAUUGCUUUUAUUAUAAUUUUUUUGUUUUCGUUUUUUCCAUGUUGAUUUAGAUGACGAUCUCUCGUUGUCUGUAUAUCUGGUUACUGUGACUAUGUCGAGAACAAACUGCCAAUAGCAAUGCAGAAGGCUGCCAGGUGUAGUUUUAAAUAGGGGGAAGGAGGGGUGGGGUAAAGUUAAUUAUGUUUGGGGUAGGGAGGCAGAUAUAUGACAAAUAGACUGGAUAGCCUGCUUGUUUCAUAUACUGAGAACAUGAAUUUACUGUUUUGUUUUUUUCCCCUCAGAAUUUGUGCAGAACUAGCAUAUAAGCUGAAAGCAUUUUGCUUUUUAGUUUGUUACUCAUUUGCUCUUUAUAGAAAGCAAUUAUAUGAUGCAAGAUCAAAGUAAAGUCUGCACUAGAUGAGCUGGUUAAUACAAAAAAUAAAAAAUAAAUAAACCAUGGUGGCAAUUUUAGGUUUUUGAAAGCCCCUUUUUAACAGUGCCAAAAUUUCGGAGCAGUAAUGCCCAUUUUUGUAACAAAGACUAGUAGCUUGUAGUGUCGAGCUCGGGACGCCCGGCCACCCCUGUUCUCAGUAGCUGGAACAACCGCGGGUUUUCCGGUAGACGAGGAGACCAGAGCGACGCCCUGCGUUAGGAACUGCAUUCUCCCUGGCAGCUGCUUCUGUCCUGGCUUUGCUUUCUCUCUCUCUAUCUAUCCCUGAUCACUCGAUCUUUUACAUGCUGUUACACACAAAGGUCAAUGCAUCUGUUGUUCAGUGUUAGGUGUUCUAUUAAUAAAAAUAUUGAAAUAUAAAAUAUAUAUAUAUAUAUAAAUAUAUAUAUAAAACAAAGAAAUGCAAUACGAGAAAGGAGUUUGAGAAGACAACUCAGAAUAUGACAGUAUUACGAGAAUUUCCCUGCAAUGUUCCAACAUGCUGUUUCCUUGUACAAGGUUGGGUUAGUCCAUCUAAUGUGUAGAGAACUUCAGUACUCUUCUUGGCCUGCCUACUACAUGUAUAAUAAUGUAAUUUACAACCAUUGUUACAGGUUUAUAAUGUAUUUUUCUAACAUCAUUUUAUAUGUAUAUUAUAAAUCAUUUUUUUUCUGACUCCUCUUUUUUUGGAUGAAGCCCACUACAACUUGUUCUGUUUUUAAAUGACCCCCCGCCCCCUUUCCUCCUCUGCCCCCCCCCUCCCCCCCACUUUCUCUUCACAUGUUCUUUUCCAUCUGAGAAUCUGCCUCUCUUUGGGGGUGUUGCCUUUCCUAGAGUUACGUUAUUGUUUUCCUUUGUUUUCUUGCCAAUUCUUAGCUUGUUUAACUCAUUAGCGACUUGAUUAGUUUACCUUGUCAUAAGUAUUUUUACAUGCUUGCAUUUAGUUUUCAUGGUGUAUGCAUUAUUUUUUCUUAUUAACCCCUUGGCAUUUAUUUUAAUAAAACAUUCUUAGUAAGAAUUUUACUAACUUUUGCUGAAAUGUUUAUUUUUGUCUUGUGUUGUUAACCAAUUUAAUGAAUGUACUACCUUGGUCUGGUUCACGGACUAACACAAUUAAAACUGACCACCACCUUCACAAAUGACAUCACUAAAUACAGUUGUCUAACACACACACACACACACACACUAGUCUUGCACUGGUUGUCAAAAGGCACAGCACACACAGACUUAAAAAUUAACAUAUGUCCACGCACGCACACACACACACACACACACACACACACAGUCUAACUGGAACGUGCACAAGUCGUACUGUCCCACGCUCACGCUCACACACGCUGUCCUACGUUGCUCAUCACACUCCUCGGUCUGAGGUUCAAGCACUGCUGUCAUGUCUGUCUUGCUGCGCAUCACACACCCCCGCGUGGUGCUCUUGGUGAGUGUGUCUGUGUGUGUCUGUGAGUGUGUGUGAGUGCGUGUGUCUGUGUGUGUGUUCGGGGGGGGGGGGGGGGGGGGGGGGGCGUUUUGUUGUUGCGCUGUCAGAAAAUCGGGAGUUCUGCUUUUUGUUUUCCUAAACAACUUGAAGAAGGAAGGGACUCUCUGUUGACUUUGAUCUGCCAAAGGGCGCAGUGCUUCUCAGGGCCAGGGUCUGCUGCAUCAAAUCCACUUGCAUCUGUCAGAUUCAUAAGCUUAAUAUUCCCACCUCGGCCCGAAGGAAAGGAAAGGGAAGGGAGGGUGCGGGGGGGGGGUUAUACCAGCGCUAAUGGGACUAUAGGAACAAUGCCAGUCUUGUAUUUGAUUGUUUUUCCACAUUCUUUGGAAGGGCAUGUUUUUGUUGGUGUUAAUUCAGCCUGCCACAAAAUUAAUUAUACACUUGAGUGUGAGGUUUAGAAAUAGUGAUGGUGUUCAAUCAUCCAUUUUUUUGUUACCACUAGCAGCGUGUACUGAAAAAAAGAGCAUAUACUGACAGUACUAGUCUAAAUUCUGUACAGAGUUUAGAGCAGUGUAGAUGACUACCAUAGAGUUGCUGUAUACUGGAGAAUAGAGCAGUGUAGAUGUAUACCAUAGAGUUGAUGAAUACUUGAGUAUAGAGCAGUAUAGAUGUCUUGAUCAGGAAACAUUUUGGGAACAUUAUAUCUCUGAGAUUUUUCUCUUUGGCUGUGGACACACCGGCACAUCUAAUGUAUACUAAUCUUCCAGUUUUGUCCCCUUGGGUUUUGUCUUCAUUGUUUUUUUUCCCUUUGCAUUUUAAGCUUCUUCUCUGCACUAAUUAAUGGUGUAAUGCAACUGACACACCAACAAAAAUUAACUUUAUUAAUCUGUUUUAUUACACUUUAACCCACUGAGUGGUCAGACGCUCUCAAUUGAAAAAUCCAAGCUGAAAUUUAUGCUCAAGUCAUCCCUUCGCCGUAAUAGAUUGAAUUAUUAUAGCUGUACGUGAAGAGCAGUCACAGACAACAUUAUUACCCUCACUACCUUCAUGCCAUUUAUAUUUCUGCAGACCUUUUCUAGGCGAUUUUUUGAUGACCGUAUGUGAGGCACUAGCUUUGUUUGGAUGGUCGUGUUUCCAACUUUUUUUUUUUUUUUAUAACCAGUAGAGACACUGUGUGUCAGAAGCGCUGCCAAAAACACAGAAGUGAUAUGUGCCUUUUCUGUAGAACUCGGGAGUUGUAUAUUUAACUUUUCACAAAAGUGCCCAGUAAAGGUUUUGUUCACUUCCCCAAACUGUUUUGAAAUGCACUAAAAUAAAUUAGUACACUGGAGAUAUCAUGACUUGUUGCUGUUGCUCUUUAUACAUAACUGGAAGAUUUUGACCAAAAAUGUUUUGUAAAAAAAAAAAAAAAAAAGACCUUUCUGAUUUUUCAUUAACAUAAAGGUAAUGCUAAUCCAGUCUUUACAAGUUUGAAUCAUCACACCUUUAUUAAGUUCCAUUCGUCUAAUAUCCAGCUCUUUAAUUGGACCAUUAUCUGCCUAAAAUGGCUGCCAUUCUCCCACGUCUAAAAAUAUCAGCUGAAGUAAGUGCCUUUUUGAUGGACAACUCCAGGGACGUAUGUCCUGUCUCAAGAACAAGCCUCCAACUCAAAGAAAUCUAGCCCUGCCUGUUGACAUACAUUCCUCACUGGACUGCUAACAGGAGAGCUAAUGCUAACAGUCAGGGUAGUCUCUGCUUCAGGACUCAGGGGGUUAAAGAAAAAAACUACUACCAAAACUCAAGACGUUUCAGAUCUCCCUGGGGGGCUGCAUUUUGGUUUAGUUUGUGUUUUGUUUCAUUUGUUUUUUCUUGUUAUUUUUUUCUUUGUUCCAUCUUUUUCACUGGUGUGUCUCUGUAGCAGAGCACAACAGAGGAAAAUGAGGACCGUUUGUCAGGUUCAAUGCCGUUAAAAUUAGGGUGCACUAUAUCUGAACCUUUUUUGUGUGUGUGUCGGUUUUUUUAAAGUGGUUAUGUAGUAUGAUUUGUUUUUGUUUGUUUUUGUGACCUUGUUUGAUAUUUAAACAAAACAAGGCUAGUUAAGUAAGUAUCUCAUGAUAAUAUUGUCUACAUGAAGAGAAAAUUACGACAAAAGGGAGAAAAAAAGGAAAUUGUCAUGUGUGCAAUAAAGUCCAACAUUUUUAA